UCUCACAGAACUCAGAAUCCAGACGCAACAACUCACGGUCCGGAGGAGGACUCGGGCAGGGCAGACGCCACGAGCAACGGAUCGAUAAGCCGCCGUGUGACCGGAGGAAAUGGGCAACUGCCAGGCGGCGGACGCGGCGGCCGUGGUGAUCCAGCACCCGGGCGACGGCAAGGUCGAGCGCCUCUACUGGCCGGCCACCGCGGCCGAUGUCAUGCGGAAGAAUCCCGGGCACUACGUCGCCCUCGUCGUCCUCCACGUCUCCGAUGACGGUGACUCCAAGACCGACCCCGCCGCUGCCGGAGGAGGAGGCGCCAGGAUCACGAAAGUGAAGCUCCUCAAGCCCAAGGACACGCUUCUUCUUGGCCAGGUCUACCGCCUGAUCACCUCCCAAGAGGUGACAAAGGCAGUGCAGGCGAGGAGGCAGGAGAAGAUGCGUGUCUGCGACGAGGUGAUCGAGCAGCAGCAGCAGCGGCCGCGGCUACACCGGCGGCGACAGCCGCCCAGGCCGAGGAGCGACGCCGCCACUGAAGCCAACGACGAACAGAGACAGCCCACCGAUCACCAGGAACGGAGGCGGCUGGAGAAAGACCGGCACCGGAGCGUCACCGGCGGCGGCGGCGGCGCUGGGAGAGGCCGGCACUGGCGGCCGUCGUUGCAGAGCAUCACUGAACUGUCGAUCUGACCGCAACGCACUUUUAUGGUGGAUUAUUAGAAUAGGAAAGGUUUGGAGUUUGGAGCUAGAAAUGUACAUUAAGAGGAAGAGGAGCGACAUGCUACCAUUAAAAAGGUUGCUCUGUCCUUGUUAGUCGUCAGUUGAAACAGUGAUCUCAAUGUGCGAAACAUACAUCGCCUUUUGACACUGUUUCAAUCCGUCUGUUUUUUGAAAAAAAGAAAGGCUCGAUUCUUCCUGUAUAGUACAGUACCCUGGCGGGGUCGACAAUCGAGAACUGAAAUCUACUAUGAGAUCGAGUGUGAUCCGUGCAUCCACCCUGAGAAUCCGAGUCGCGCAGCAUCUGUCAGGUGCUGAAGACAUCUGCUGAGGUGGAUCUUGUCUCGAGCGUUGGCCAGCAAGAUCACCUGCUCCAUCCAACCACUGCAGUGAGGCUGUAGCGAGGAACUGUACCGAACAUGCGAUUCUUCAGAACAGAUCCGGGUCCGUACUGACAGGAGGUCAGGGCGGCAUCCAGGUGAUCGAUCUAUCAUGUGCGAUGAACUGUAGAGAUUCUGCAUGUUUUCUGCAUGUUAUAGUUUUAUUA